AGAGAGAUAGAGAGGGAGACAGAGAGAAAGAGAGGGUGACAGAGAAAGUUUCAGCCUCUGUGGCUUCAGUUGUUUCCCGCAGUGGUCCGGUGCAGGUCUGGCGUUGGUUGGUCCGUGCAGCGUGGUGGUCUCCGGGCCGUGUCUCUGUGUGAUCUGUUCCCGCUCUGCAGCCGACCCAGAUCAGCCAUGAUCCUACAGAUGACAGAAGUUUGAGACAACAACAAAUGGCUUCCACAGGGAGCGGCCUCCGCAUCCCGGGGGACGACAACCUGCAAUCCAUGCUGGUGGGGACAAUCAUGAGGAAAAUAAAGUCUCGAACCUGGAAGAAGCAGCGCUACUUCAAACUGCAGGACGACUGCAUGACCAUCUGGUACAAGUCCAAGAAGGCCGGGAACUCCCACUCCACAUUUUCGGUGAGCGACGUGGAGGUGAUCCGAGAGGGCCACCAGUCCGAGGUGCUGCUUAGCAUUGCCGACGAGUUCCCAGCCGACCGAUGCUUCACGCUGGUGUUUCGCGGUCGCCGGGGCAACCUGGACCUGGUGGCUGAGUCGGCAGAGGAAGCCCAGUCCUGGAUCCGAGGAAUCAGGAAGCUGAUGGAGAACCUGGAGAACAUGGGGGAGCGCGAGAGACUCGACCAAUGGAUCAGCGACUGGUUCAGGAAGGCAGACAAGAACAACGACGGGCGGAUGAACUUCAGGGAAGUUCGAGACUUACUGAAAAUGAUGAACGUGGACAUGAACGAGCACCACGCUCAUCGCCUCUUCACGAUGGCUGACAGGUCCCAGUCGGGGACGCUGGAGGAUGACGAGUUUGUGCUCUUCUACAAGAUGUUGACCCAGCGCGAGGAUGUGCUGAGGGUGUUCCAGCAGUACUCGCUGGAUGGCCAGACGUUAUCCCAAAGCGACUUGGAGGACUUCCUCAGAGACGGCCAGCUGGAGGGGGACGAUGUCCAGCAGCAUGCCAAGACGCUCAUCCAGCGCUACGAACCCUCCGACACAGCCAAGCUGCUGAAUGCCAUGACAUUUGACGGCUUCUUGAUGUACCUCGGCUCCCCUGAGGGCUCCAUCUUUAACCCACGGUGGCGGGAAAUCUUCCAGGACAUGAGCCAGCCGCUGUGCCACUACUUCAUCUCCUCCUCCCACAACACCUACCUGAUGGAGGACCAGCUCCGUGGACAGAGCAGUGUGGAGGGAUACAUCAGGGCUCUGAGUCGGGGCUGUCGCUGUGUGGAAGUGGACUGCUGGGAUGGCGCUAAUGGAGAACCAAUCGUGUAUCACGGACACACGUUCACCUCCAGGAUCCUCUUCAAGGACGUGGUCACUGCUGUGGGAAACUACGCCUUCAAGGUAUCGGAGUACCCCGUCAUCCUGUCCAUGGAGAACCAUUGCAGUGUUGAGCAGCAGAGAGUCAUGGCCCGACACCUCAACCAAAUCCUCGGAAACAAACUGCUGAAAAGCACAUUAGACGGCAAAGCCGCCGUCGGCCUGCCGUCUCCGGAGGAUCUAAAGGGGAAGAUUCUGCUGAAGGCGAAGAAACUCGGCGGUCUGGAGGAGAGUUUCAGCGGCACGGCGGACGACUCUCAGGCGGGAGAGGUGAGCGAUGAUGACGAGGCUGAGAUGGACGAAGAUAACGUCCGCCAAAGUGUCCGCCACAGGGGGAAGAAGAAGUCGAAGCAGCGUCUGUCCAAGGAGUUGUCCGACUGCGUCGUCUACUGCAAAAGUGUCCACUUCAGCAACUUCAAACACUCGCACAUCCACUCCAAGUUCUACGAGGUGGCGUCUUUCACCGAGUCCAAGGCCCGCAGACACCUGCGAGACACUGGCGCCGAGUUUGUGCACCAUAACUGCCGGCAGCUGACCCGGGUUUAUCCCAGCGGCUUCCGGACCGACUCCUCCAACUUCAACCCUCAGGAAAUGUGGAACGCCGGCUGCCAAAUCGUUGCGCUGAACUUCCAGACAGCGGGCGAGGGGAUGGAUCUGAAUGACGGGAUGUUCAGGCAGAACGGCGGCUGUGGCUACGUCCUAAAGCCCAGCUUCAUGAGAGACGCCGAGAAAACAUUCGACCCCGAGACUCCGCAAAAACGGGACGGCUACCAACCGGUCACCCUCACCAUCCAGGUGAUCAGCGGUCAGCAGCUUCCCAAAGUCAACAUUAAAGAGGACUCGAUCGUGGACCCGCUGGUCCGAGUGGAGAUCUACGGGGUUCCUCUGGACCAGAACAGACAGGAGACCAGAUACAUAGACAACAACGGGUUUAACCCGGUGUGGUACGACACUCUGCGCUUCACCGUGCACGCUCCUGAGCUCGCCAUGGUGCGCUUCGUGGUCGAAGACUACGACAAGACGUCGAAAAAUGACUUUGUGGGUCAGUACACGCUGCCGCUCCGCUGCAUGCAGCAAGGUUAUCGGCAUAUUCACCUUUUGUCCAAAGAUGGAACCAGUAUUCCUCCCUCAUCUUUAUUCGUACACAUCCGGAUCGCAGAAAUGUAAUAAACCUUCUCAGCUUUUCAUCCUCAGCACAGAUGAUUGAGUUCCUUCCUGUAUGACUCCUAAAAUAGUAUUUAUUCUUGUUGUUAUUUGAUGUGAAUAAAUACUACGCCAAAUGUUUCGUGGUUGUUGGCAGCAGCUGUAACGAGAUGUGCAUGUUUUUUUUUUGUUUAGUUCACUAUCGUGUGUGUAAUUUGUUCCUGUGAUUGACUUGAACUUUGCUGCUCAUAUUUGGUCUAACUGUGACUGUAGCGCUCAAACGCUGAAAUGUUGAAACGCUGAAAUGGUUAAAAUGCUGAAAUGCUGAAACGCUGAAAUGUUUGAAACGCUGAAAACACUGAAAUGUUUAAAAUGUUGAAACGCUGAAAUGUUUAAAAUGCUGAAACGCUUUAAUGUUGAAACACUGAAAUGUUUAAAAUGCUGAAACGCUGAAAUGUUUAAAAUGCUGAAACGCUAUAAUGUUGAAACGCUGAAAUGUUUAAAAUGCUGAAAUGCCGAAAUGUUUGAAACGCUGAAAACACUGAAAUGUUUAAAAUGCUGAAACGCUGAAAUGUUUAAAAUGCUGAAACGCUGAAAUGUUUAAAAUGUUGAAACGCUGAAAUGU